UGCAGAUCUGGAGUCAAGCAAGGUGUUCGGCGAGCAUUUAGCUUUUCUGCAAAUUGCAUUUUUGGCUGAAAACACAUUUUGAAGAUGCCUCUGAAAUUUGAGCUUUGUCCAGGCAGGAUGAUUGGGGGCAGCAACCCCUGCUUCAUUAUCGCCGAAAUUGGGCAGAACCACCAGGGCGAUAUUGAGAUUGCCAAGAAAAUGAUACGGAUGGCUAAGGAGAGCGGAGCAGACUGCGCCAAAUUUCAGAAGAGCGAACUUGAAUACAAGUUCAACAAGCGAGCCUUAGAGCGUCCUUACACCUCCAAGCACUCCUGGGGGAAGACUUACGGGGAGCACAAGCGCCACCUAGAGUUCAGCCACGAGCAGUACAGGGAACUGCAAAAAUACGCGGAGGAGGUUGGGAUCUUCUUCACCGCCUCGGGAAUGGAUGAGAUGGCUGUAGAGUUCCUUCAUGAGCUCAAUGUGCCAUUCUUCAAGGUUGGCUCAGGGGAUACCAACAAUUUUCCCUACUUAGAGAAGACUGCAAAGAAAGGCCGCCCCAUGGUGGUCUCCAGUGGGAUGCAGUCGAUGGAAACCAUGCGCCGCGUUUACCAGACGGUGAAGAAGCACAACCAGAACUUCUGCAUCCUGCAGUGCACCAGCGCCUACCCACUGGAGGCCGAGGACGUCAACCUGCGCGUCAUCACCGAGUACCAGAAGGAGUUCCCGGACAUCCCCAUUGGGUACUCGGGCCACGAGUCGGGGAUCUACAUCUCGGUUGCGGCGGUGGCGCUGGGGGCCAAGGUGGUGGAGCGUCACGUGACCCUGGACAAGAGCUGGAAGGGCAGUGACCAUGAGGCGUCUCUGGAGCCGGCGGAGCUGGCGGAGCUGGUGAGGGCAAUCCGGACGGUGGAGCGCGCCCUGGGAACGGGCAUCAAGCAGAUGCUGCCCUGCGAGAAGGCGUGCCACGACAAGCUGGGUAAGUCAGUGGUGGCCAAGAAGGCCAUCCCCAGGGGCACUGUGAUAAGCCUGGACAUGCUGGACGUCAAGGUGGCCGAGCCCAAGGGGGUGGCGCCCGAGGACAUCUUCCAGCUGGUGGGAAAGAAGGUGACGGCGGACGUGGAGGAGGACGAGAGCAUCACGGAGGACGCGGUGGACAGCUACGGCAAGAAGGUCAAAAGCUGAGCAUGUCCACUCAGGAACCGCUUGCACUCAGCGACGGGGGGAAAAAUAGCGAAAUGCAGAUAAAGGAAAGCGGAUACGGGAAAGUGUCGAAUUGUGAGAUUGUUCCUUUUUUUUUUUUUUUUUUUUUUUUUUAGCCUUUCUUAUUUUCAGUUUGUUCACGGCAAGGAGUAAUCAAAAUGCGCUUGGCUGUGAGGUUGAACCACGAGAAUGUAAAUUCCUUUGAGGAGACAUGAUUUGCACAAACAAUCAGUACAUCAGUGACUGAAAUGUGUGUAAGGCAUGAUACUUUUGGUUGACAGUUGGAGAACGGCGCUGCUGCUGUAGACGUGUGUGCCAAAAUGAUGUUGAAAGCAACAUAAACUGAAAUGGUGAUUUGGUCUUCCGUGUGUUUGUGUCUGAGAAUGUCCUUGGAGUGACAGGAAUAACUUUGGAGUUAAUGGAGAAAUUAAAACACAAA